GCGCACGCAACUCCGCCUCGCGUCCGGCCCGCGAAUCCCGCGGCGUCCAGCCGGGUGGUCCGGGCCGCGGAGGGAAUGCCCCGGAGGGCGGAGAACUGGGACGAGGCCGAGGCAGGCGCGGAGGAGGCAGGCGCCGAAGAGUACGGCCCUGAAGAGGGCGGCCGGGAGGAGUCGGGCGCCGAGGAGUCCGGCCCGGAAGAGUCCGGUCCGGAGGAACUGGGCGCCGAGGAGGAGAUGGAGGCAGGGCGGCCGCUGCCCGUGCUGCGCUCGGUGAACUCGCGCGAGCCCUCCCAGGUCAUCUUCUGCAACCGCAGCCCGCGCGUCGUGCUGCCCCUGUGGCUCAACUUCGAUGGCGAGCCGCAGCCGUACCCAACGCUGCCGCCUGGCACCGGCCGCCGCAUCCACAGCUACCGAGGUCACCUUUGGCUCUUCAGAGAUGCAGGGACACACGAUGGGCUUCUGGUUAACCAAACUGAAUUAUUUGUGCCAUCUCUCAAUGUUGACGGACAGCCUAUUUUUGCCAAUAUCACACUGCCAGUGUAUACUCUGAAAGAACGAUGCCUCCAGGUUGUCCGGAGCCUAGUCAAGCCUGAGAAUUACAGGAGACUGGACAUUGUCAGGUCGCUCUACGAAGAUCUGGAAGACCACCCAAAUGUGCAGAAAGACCUGGAGCGGCUGACGCAGGAGCACAUUGCAAAUCAACGGAUGGGAGAUUGAAGAUUUCUGUUGAAACGUACUCUCAUCUCAGCUUUUGAUGGUACUGAUGAGUCUUGAUCUACAUACAGGACUGCCUCCUUACUCAGUUUCAAAGUGUCUCAUUCUCAGAGUAAAAUAGGCACCAUUGCUUAAAAGAAGGUUAACUGACUUAACUAGGCAUUGUGAUGUUUAGGGGCAAACAUCACAAAAUGUAAUUUAAUGCCUGCCUAUUAGAGAAGUAUUUAUCAGGAGAAGGUGGUGGCAUUUUUGCCUCCUAUUAAGUCAGGACAGCUUGUGUGUAAGGAGGUUUGUAUAAGUAAUUCAGUGGGAAUUGCAGCAUAUCGUUUAAUUUUAAGAAGGCAGUGGUAUCUACUUUUAAUGGAUGUAUAAUACAUCCAUUCUACAUCCAUAAUGGUUGGUGACUUGUCUGCCUCCUGUUUUGGGAAGACUGAGGCAUCCUUGAGGCAGGGACAAGUCUUCGUCCUCUUUGAGACCCCAGUGCCUGCACAUCAUGAGCCUUCAGUCAGGGUUUGUCAGAGGAACAAACCAGGGGACGCUUUGUUAGAAAGUGCUUAGAGGGCCGGGCGCGGUGGCUCAAGCCUGUAAUCCCAGCACUUUGGGAGGCCGAGACGGGCGGAUCACGAGGUCAGGA